AUGACAACUGCAUCUGUACAUGAUAAUGCGAUAUCUGAGACAGCAGUAAAUCUAAUACGUUCUCCAACAAUUAAGUCUGGCUACAAGAGCGUUGCUUGUGGUCCAAACCAGGUUCAAGUGGAAACCACAGAUGUUCCUGCUUCAGAUACAAAAGCUGUUAACGAGUUGAGUGCAUGUAGGCAUUUAUAUGGUGGAGCUCCAAAAACAAGCCGGUUUAUGAAGAGUUUAGAUACAUCUUCGAAUGCACAAUUGAAUGCUCAUACUUAUAAUCCAUAUCUUUAUACCCAACAUAAAACACGUCCGAAUGCACCAUUUUAUGUGCUUCAUGUGAAGAGUAAACAACUAAUAGAUUCACAAAAUAUUGAGGGGCCUAAGGUUGGCUCCAUUAAUGGGUAUGAAUAUACGAUAAAGGCUGGCUCUGUACCAACAUUUAAAAUAAAAAAGAGCGUGAUACCCUCUCCAUCUGCAUUUUACGAGACUGUUAAAGAUAUUGGAGAAGAGUUUGGAGCUAUUAUUUUAAAUAUUGAGGAUGAUAUAAGUGCUAGUGAAAAAGAUAGCGAUUUAUCAUCAGUAUCUUCAACCCUGAACGAAUUCUCUUUGGAUACAGAGUACUUCUGGUUUAAGGCGAGAAAACAAUACCUGAAUUCUUUUAAAAGCGAAAAUAAGAAGAAAUUGGACUUCCACCGAAGGCUUUUCAAGUUUUACAAAGAGUUUGCUGCUGAAGCAGACACUGCCGCGAAACCUAAAGUUAUUGGAAAGGUACCUAGUAUAGAUAAACGAACUUUAGAUCUCUACAGGCUUCGAAACUGUGUUUUGUUGAGGGGUGGUUUUAAAGCAGUAUGCGAAAAAAAGCUAUGGGCGCAAUUAGGAAGAGAACUGGGGUAUUCGGGUAGGAUAAUGAGUUCAUUGUCUACCUCUCUGCGGUCUGCAUACGCCAAAGUAUUUAGUGAUUAUGAUAAGUGGGAGGAGGAUCAAUCCAAUAAUAAAUUUGAUGAGCAACCCUCAUCUGUGAAUCUGGAUGGUACAAACUUUGCGGCUGAUUCUAUGGAAAACAAUGGUGAAAGUAAUAAAAAGCGGACAUUCGAAGAUAGUAAAGAUGAAAUGCCUACAGAAGAUAUGCAGCAAGAAAAAAAAAGCCGAUUGGCUAAAGUCAAGGCAUAUCAUGUUGGUAGUUCGUGUGCAGAAUACACAAGGAUCAGGGAUAUAAAGGCUUGUAAGGGUAUUGAAACAAACUUUGAGCGUGUAACAGAGGGCUUCUUAAACUUGACUGAGCCCAAGGCAUCACUGCCUAACUAUAACUUUAGUUUUUGGCAGUCUGGCAUGGAGAUAUACGAUAAAUCUUCCCACGAAAAUAUGAACUCUCCAAUUUAUAACCUAAGACAAUAUUAUGAAAAAAGUUUACGCCACCUAGAGGUCGUUGAAUCAAUGUACAAAAACAUAUCAUCUAAGGUAUUCCUAGAAGAUGACAAGAUUGAACAAAUGGCCUUUGAAAAGAUGUUCUUCGAUAUUCUGGCUGACCCAAAUUUAUCAUUUGAUGUAGACACAGGUAUUGAUUUGCCAAGCAUUGUGCAUGGAUCUGGAUUUCGCACAAUAUCAAAGUCCAAUAAUAAUAUUAAAGAUAUAUUAGAUCCUUGGAACUUUAAUAAUAUUCCAUUAUCCAAAGACUCUUUAUUCCAAUUUUUGGACAUUGAUUAUGGUAACCUAACAAGACCAAAGUUAAACGUGGGAAUGCUGUUUUCUACUAAAGGCUGGUCUAUAGGUGAUCAAUUCUUGCCUGAGAUCAACUACAAUUAUUUAGGAUCAUCCUUGUUAUGGUAUAUUGUACCUCCUGAAUCCCAAGAAGCUUUUGAAAAGCUAGUUUUGGAGAUAAAUUCUAUCUUAAAUACGCCAAACGAUGACCAGGAAAACAUAGAGCCUGACCUCAGAAGGUCUGAAGUCUUUAAAAGCUAUGCAGAAACGAAUCCAUCAUCACCAGUCACUACAAUUUCAAGAAGGUCGCGUGCUCAUGAGGCAUAUACAACUAAAGAUAAAAAGUCAACUUCGGCGUCUUAUUUAUUACCAAAUGAUCUACAGUUGCACCCUGAUGAUCUUGCAGCACGUGGUAUAAAGGUAUACAAGGCAUGUCAAAAUGCAAAUUCAUUUAUAUUGUUUUUCCCUAGAUCUUACCAUACCUCUAUUUCUACCGGGUUCCACGUUUCUGAAAGCUGCUAUUUAGCUCCCCAAUCGUGGUUGAAGAACCUUGAACCAAGUAAAAGAUGGUUUUCCGAAAGACAAAUGUUGCAAAGCGUUAACUCUUUCGAAUUUCUAAAAAACAUAGUUGAGAACAGUAAUGAAGAACGCCUGGUUAAGGAAGCAAAAGAGUUGCUUAUCCCAAUGAUCAACGAAGAACUGAAAUUGCGUGAAGUUUUUGUUGGUAUGUUUCCAGAAAUUUACUUGAUAUCGAAUGACUUUGACUUUAUUUCGGACGAAGACCUUAGUUUCACUUUUCCUUCAAAGGUGGUAAUUGUGGCUGAUGCUGGUGAACAGUUCACAAUGUCCUUGAGUAGCUUUUUAUCACAAAUUAAGAAGAACGAUAACACAUAUAUGCUGUUUUCGAAAGAGAUAUCGUAUUCAAAUCUACAUUGUCACGUAUACUAUUCGACCGAAGCGCUUCAGUGCCUUUUAAAUGAUAUUACAGCAGAAGGAAAGUCUGAGAAGCACCCCGUUGAAAAAGUAGCUGACUUAGUGUUAAAAAGAUACUCUGGCUCACGCAUUCCACUAUCAAUACUUGAAUCAUUACUACGAAGGCAUCAGACUACCACUGAUCCGCAACUUCUUGAAGUCAAGCAGUACAUUGAACAUAUACAGCCAAUGAUACUGCAAUGCAGAGGAUUUUUAGAACGGAUGAACAUCUCUAAUAUUGUAUCCGUAGAUUAUGGUUCUGGUUUUAACCUCAAUGAAUUACCCGCUUUACGGUUUAACUGCACUGCGGACGAAUUGGAAACACUUUGCAAAGAAUUGAGACCACUUUCUGUCGAGUUUGUCGAGUUGAAUUCAGUGUUUCAAACACUACGCCGCUUCAAGGAGUUUCAAGAGAUAAGCGUCUCAGCUCUAUCUGCUAAAGAUUUAAACCAGAUGAAGUUAGCGUAUGGUUACGGGGCCGAAUUGGGCAUUAAGUCUAACUACCUGGAUUCGUUAGCGACCUCUAUCAUACAGAUCGGCUGGUUAGAUACAUACGACCUUGCAAUUGUGCAUCGUUCUCCAUCUUGCUAUGAAAACUAUGAGGACUAUAACUUACGGUCAAUGUACAAUUUUUUGAAGAUAGGUGUAAGGUACCUUGAUCAUAAUGUCCACCAAGAAAAGCUGGAGAGACUAAGCAAUAUCUUAAAGAGGUCGCAGGAAAUUAUUGAUAUUAUCAACGGAUUUUUCAAGAAAAAGAACUACAAAGUACCAAUUCAGCAACUCGAGUUCAUUAUGGACUCUUUAAACAAUGAGUUCAUACCUUUGGAACCCGAAGUCGUUAGUAGUUUAUGGAAACUCGCAGAGGGUGUUCGAGAGGUCAAGCAUAAAUUCAUCCCAUCCUGCUCCAGACUUUCUGUUAACGAAAAUGCUUCAAAGUUAGCGACAUAUUUGAAAACUUUAGACAACGAUGCUUUAAAAUAUAUUCCUUACUUCAACGGUUCAGAACAGGACCUGAGAAUGUCUGCUGGAGACAUAUCCAUGGAGGAAUACCCUGCAUUUUUUGGCAGGUACCUAAAGGAGUCCAAAACUUGGACCCAAACACUAGGUAAACUUAUCCCUAAUUGGAGGACUUCAUUAGAUUCCAUAUUGGAUCACACAAGACGUUGUCUGGAUAUCGCCCAUGAUGUAUUUUAUACAUCUGAAAUGGCGCAUAACCAAUCAGUUUACUGUUUCUGUCGAAACGGAGAUAUAGGUAGCACAAUGGUGGAAUGCGAAAUUUGUAGAGAAUGGUACCAUAUCAGUUGCAUAAAUGACGGAAAUUGGUCCUUGCCACCGGACGAUAAAAGUGCGUUCCUAUGCACUGUAUGCAGUCCAAUCCCUAUUGAACAAAAAACCAAGAAGCUAGACAUACAUCAUCUCCUUGAAUUGUUACACUCAUCCGUUACUCUAAAAAUAAUUCCCGACAGGCUAGUCCUGCACAAGCUGUUCGCAAUAUUUGAAUGCGUCCUCAAAUUUAGAGGUAAGCUGCAAAGCGAGUGCGAAGAUCUCUCAAGCGCAGAGUUCCAUGAAAAAGCAAAGUUCUACCUAAGAAAGCUCCAGGGUGCUGGGUGCCAGAUGACAGCUGAAAUAACACAGCUGCAAAAUACUAUUAAAAACGACGACUUAAAUGCAAUAGCAAAACUAAGAGCUUCAAAUCGCACUAUAGUCACCGGUUAUGAAGCGCUUUUAAAUUCACCAAAGGAUAACAAUGAUGUUAAACAGAGCGACGCAACCGAUUGUUCAUUACUUAAACAUAACAGCAUGAUAUCUUCUCACAAUCCUGAAUCUCCAACUACGAGCUUUAACGAUUCAGUCAUAUCCGUUUCUACAGGAAUAUCUGACAAACUUACUCAAAUAAAUACCCAUAACAACCCAAUCUCAUCAAUGGAACCCGUCUCUGACGGUAAAGACGACACUAGUAAUAUGGGAAAAGUUAUACCUAAGCGAAUUGGAAUUGCGGACCUCUUAUCACCACUUCCAGAAAAUUAA